AUGAAUGAAAGGCCAAAAAAGCCGGUUAAGGCAACAGGAAGUAGUCACCAAAGAAUAUACAAAGAGGCUGAGCCUUAUUAUUUGGACACGUUUCAAACACCAAAAGAGUCAAAGAGAAGGACAUAUUCACCAUUUGUUACAAAAAUUUUAGUUCGUCUCGGAAAAUUUUUAGGAUAUUAUGAUUUGCCUGUACAAGCUAUUCGCGUAACAAGGGAAAUGUAUCAAAUGUGUGCAUUACGAUUAGAUGAGAAUAGAGAGUUUUUUAUUGAUACUUGCGGAUUACCAGAUAGCUUUCAAACAUGGUUUCAAAUAACUCUAUUACAUGUUUGGAUGCUAAUGGUCAGAUUUAGACCUGAAAAUGAUGGAAGAGUGUAUAUGCAACAAUUAGUGAAUCAUUUAUUUGAUGAUGCAGAAUGGCGAAUGCGAGAGAUACAUGGUAUCACAUCGGGUAAUCUAAUUUCACACUAUAUGAAAGAUUAUCUUUCUCAAUUUCACGGUGCCGUUAUGGCAUACGAUGAAGGACUUUGUAAGGAUGAUCCAGUAUUAGCAACAGCUUUAUGGAGGAAUGUAUUGGUUACGGAAGGGUCAGCAUAUAACAUGGCAUGCCUGGUCAAGUAUGUUAGACGGGAACUUCAGGCUUUAGAUAGAAUACCGUUAGAAAAACUUUCUCAAGGUCUUAUUCGGUUUUCUGCAUUAACCAUAAUUCGACUGAUUUUACAGUUUUUGAAAGAAAAUAAUCUUCCCAAUAGUCAUGCAGCCUUACAGGAAGAAUCUACGAUCGCUCUCAAUACAGUGGAAUCUAUGGAAUCUUUCACUAAUGAAAUUAUACAAGGACAUUGGGAUGUCGUAUUAAGAACAGUAUCUAACCUAAAAAUACCACAACGUAAAUUGAUCGAUCUAUACGAACAGAUUGUUUUAGAAUUAAUUGAAAUGCGAGAGCUAAGUGCAGCUCGAACCUUAUUAAGACAAACAGAUCCCAUGCAGUUUCUAAGAGAUCAUUUUUCGGAAAGAUAUUUACACCUAGAGCAUUUGCUUUCUAGAACAUGGUUUGAUCCAAAGGAGGCAUAUCAACCUGGCAUGACAAAAGAAAAGAGACGCCAGAUAAUUGCUCAAGCACUCUCUAGCGAAGUGACAGUGGUUCCGCCAUCUAGACUCCUUACCCUUCUUGGACAAGCCUUGAAAUGGCAACAACAUCAAGGAUUGUUGCCGCCAGAUACUGCCUUCGAUCUCUUUCGUGGGUCUGCACCAACCACGAAGGCAGAAGAUGAUGCUGUUCCUACAAAAUGCUAUGCUACAAUUAAGUUUCCUAAGAAGCAUCAUGCAGAGUCCACAACAUUUUCACCUGAUGGACAGUUUUUAGUGACAGGUAGCAUGGAUGGAUUCAUUGAAGUGUGGAAUUUUUUAACUGGAAAACUUCGUAAAGAUUUUAAAUAUCAAGUGGAGGAUAAUCCUAUGCUGAUGGAAGACCCAGUGCUAUGCCUUAGUUUUAGUCGAGAUAGUGAAAUGCUGGUUUCUGGUGCACAAGAUGGAAGUAUAAAGGUCUGGAAAAUACAUACAGGUCAAUGUACUCGGCGCUUUUCUCCAGCACAUAGUCAAGGAGUUACAUCUGUGUGUUUUAACCGUGAUGGUAGUCAGGUUUUAAGCUCAAGUUUUGAUCAUACAGUCAGACUUCACGGUUUGAAAUCUGGAAAGACGUUGAAAGAGUUUCGUGGUCAUUCAUCUUUUGUUAACGAUGCAAUAUUUUCAUAUGACAUGUCAAGGGUGAUCAGCGCAAGUAGCGAUGGUACUGUAAAGGGAGCCACCGCAACUAUUUCAGGUGGAAUAACAGUUAAUUGUGUUGUUCAAAUGCCAAAGAAUAUGGAUCAAAUAAUUGUUUGUAACAAAAGUCCCACAAUUUACUUAGUAACCAUGAGAGGACAGAUUAUUAAAACAUUUACAUCAGACAAGAAAACAGGUGGUGAUUUCGUAAGUUGCACAGUUUCACCACAGGGUGAUUUCAUUUAUUGUGCAGCAGAAGAUUCAAAUUUAUAUUGUUUUAAUGUUCAAACUGGAAAGUCAACACCUUUAAAGUUAUCUGAAUCGGAAGUUAUUGGAAUUUCACAUCAUCCAUUUUCAAACAUUUUGGCGUCAUAUGCUGAUGAUGGCAUUAUAUCUUUGUGGAAACCUUAA